GGGCACACAGUCUCUAGGGACAAGCCCUGGCUGCCCAGCCCAGCUUCUGCAGCACCCAGGCGGCCAGGCCUUCCCAGCAGGCAUUUUCCACUCAGCUGGUGCCAGGGAAAGGGGGAGACAGAAUCCAGAGAGACUUCUCUGGUUGGACGUGGGGAAUCCCGUGGUUUCCUGCCACCCAUGGCAGAGGAUAGGAACAUCCUACAGGUGACCAAAGAUCUGAGAGCUGCCGUCUGUGCCAUCCUGCAGGACUAUGGGGACGGCCUGGGGCCCGUAACUGACACCAGUGCUGAGCUGCACCGGCUCUGUGGCUGCCUGGAACGCCUGCUGCAGUUUGACCAGAGAGAGCAGAAGAGCUUCCUGGGACCUCGGAAGGAUUACUGGGACUUCGUCUUGGCAGCCCUGCAGCGGCAGCGUGGUGACACGGAGCCGAUCCACUUCGUAAGCACACAGGGCAAGCUAAAGAGCUCGCUGGGAAAAGGCCGUGCCUUCAUCCGCUUCUGCCUGGCCCAUGGACAGCUGGCUGAGUCUCUGCAGCUCUGCCUGUUGAACCCCGAGCUUACCAGGGAGUGGUAUGGCCCCCGGAGCCCCCUGUUGUGUCCUGAACUCCAGGAAGACAUCCUGGACUCUCUCUAUGCUCUCAAUGGAGUGACCUUCGACUUGGACCUGCAGCGAUCAGAUCUGGAUGGGGCCUGGCCCAUGUUCUCUGAGUCCCGCUGCUCCAAUUCCCAUCCAAUCCAGAGAAGAAGACCUAGGAAGGCCAAGAAGGGCCACCAAGAGGUGCAACUGGAAGCAAGUUGCCCCCAGGAGAUUCCAGCCACACUGGGAGACCCCCAAGGAGUCCCACCAGAAGAGCCACACACCAGUCAUGCCAGCCAUCCGAGAGAUGCCGCCAGGGAUGUCCCGUUGGCUGGACCCCCGAGAGCAAGGCCACCUGGGAUGCUUCCCCUUAUUUUGGAAAAGAAGAGAGAAGAUACUGGGGGCCUCAGCUUCCCCCACACCACGUGGGAACCAGAACAAGGGGAACUUGCACUAGACCAGGGGGAGGGGGUCACCGUGGCUGAGGUCUUCCCAGAGUGCUCAGCAGCCAGCAUCCAGGUACAAGCUGAAGGCAUAGGGACUCUGCCAGGUGCUGAGGGUGGAAGAGUGACCCAGGGGACUCCGGAGGGGGAAGCAGAAAGGGGUCCUGUCCAGAGGCUGCUGGUUUCUGACCCCAGGGGGUCAGCAGAGCAAGCCACAUCGGGGAGCAAGCAGAAGAGGGAGGGGCUUAGGGAGGAGGAAGCAGGGGUCCUGCCCAGGUGGGCAGCACAGGAAGACUCUACUGCAGAGAAAGAGCCAGAACAAAUAGAAGUGACCAGCGUGGCCUGGAGGGCAGCGCAGCCAGAGGAGUCCCUGCAUGCGGUGGUCCAGAGGCUCCAACACCAACUCCAGCAGGCCCAAGAACAGGCCCAGGCCCAGGAGCAGCUGCUGAAGGAGCAGGAGGGGGAGCUGCAAGCACUGCAGGAGCAGCUCCACAGGUGUUGCGAAGAGGGUAGCCGGCUCCGGGCAGAGCAGGAGCAGAAGCAACAGGAGGCCGAGCGGAGGGCUGCCCGGUUUGAGGAGGAACUCGGAGAGCAGCGGGACCUGGUCCGGGCCCUGAAGAGGCGGGUGAUGGAGCUGAUCCAGGAAAAGGAUCACCUGUGGCAGAAGCUCCAGCACAUGUCUGCAAUGGCCCCAGGAUGCUGUGUGGGUUGCAGCAAGAUCUUCGGCCGUCUGUCUCGGCGGUACCCCUGCAGGCUCUGCGGUGGCCUGGUUUGCCAUGCCUGCUCUGGGGAUUACAGGAGGAGAGAGUGCCGCUGUCCACCCUGCGCCCAGGAAGUGGACGCCCACGUCACCUGACCCAGACCAGCCAAGCCCACCUGUACACUCCCUGCCUGCCGCUCUUUCCAGCCCUGUGUUCCGGAAGCUGUUGUGCUCAGGCAGUGUCAUGCAGGCAGACUGUGAUGGGGGAGAUUGGGGAAGGGGAUUGGGGCAGAGCUGGGGGGAGGGAAAGGGAAGCUGGGCUACUGUCAAGAGGCAGUGACAGGGCAAGGCCCUUACCUGAGGGCAGGCUCCAGGUUUCAAUGGCUUCAACAGAUGCCUAUGUGUGAUCAGGACCCCAGCAGCUCCCAUGGUACCCAGCCACCUGCUCUCUUACCCGGCUGUGGGGCCCACCCUUCAGAGCCCAGGCAAAUCCAACUCUGAACAACCUCGGGCUCUUCCAAAGCUUUCUGGCCCAACUCUGCCACAGGAGCCGGGGUUUUCAUGCCGUAUGGGUUUAGCAGCUUUGCUGGGGUAUUGUUAAUCACGUUCUAAUAAACCUCACUUGAAGUGUUCCAAUGGCUAAGCUUCCACUUCCACAGGUGCCGUGAGGCCAUGGCUACAUGGAGAGUAACAAACCUAUGCCCCUUGGGGUCCUCCUUCCCAUGAUCCGCCCUCCACACUCAAGCAACCACCUGCUCUACAUCACCAGCGAUGACUGUGCUUUUGCCAGCAUCUUUUCUCCAUAAAAUUACAUAGCCUACACUUCGUAUUUUGCGCUGUCAUUCACUCAGCAUAAUUAUUUUGAGACUCAUCCAUUGGUACUCCUUUUCUUUGCUGAGUAGUAUUGUGCAAUUUGCUUAUACACUUGCUUCUUGCUGGACCUUUGAGUGGCUUCCAGCUUGGGGCUUUUACAAGUGAGGUUCCUGUGAGCAUCACUGGACCAUUCUUUGUAGGUCCAUUUCUCUUGAGGAAGUACCCAGGAUAAGAUGACUGAGUCACAGACUGGGUACAUGUUUUACUGUUAAGGUAAGAUGCUGUGGUGCAAUAGAUUCAACCACCACUUGCAACACCAACAUCCCCUAUCAGAGGACCU